AUGAUUACAGUAAUCACAUGUGUUACAACACUACUGUGUUUAAUUAUCUGGUUUCUAUUAAAAUGGAGGAAAGUGAAAAAUUUUUGGGCUGACAGGGGCGUUCCUCAUUAUUCCCCGCAUCCCAUUUUCGGUAGUCUCACGUUUUUGCAGCGGAAAAAUCCUGCAGUAUGGAUGAAGCAAGUUUACAACGAGUUCAAAUCACCAUACGUCGGUAUGUGGGCAUUCUGGAGACCAGGUCUGGGGAUCAACUGCCCAGACUUGGCCAGGAAGGUGCUGGUCAAAAACCAUGAAGUGUUCAAGAACAGAUUCUUGAGUUCUGGGAAGUCAGACCCGAUUGGGGGUCUUAAUUUGUUUACUGUAAAUGAUCCAACCUGGUCCUUUCUAAGACGACGUCUAACAAUACUCUUUACGGCAGCUCGACUGAGAAGCCUAAACAGCUUACUAUCAGCCAAAUCCAAUGAUUUGAUAAAGCGGAUCAGAGAUGACAUGUCCAAUAAAGAUCCUCUUAACUUGAGGGUCCUAUGCUCAGACUUUACAACAGACGUAAUAGGAGAAGCUGCGUUUGGUCUCACCAGUGAGUCAGUCAGGACUGGUGAUAGCCUGAUGAGGAGAAUCACCAAGGAGUUUGUCAAAUUCAACCUUCAUAGAGGAUUGUGUUGGUCCAGUAUCUUCUUUUUUCCUGAAAUGGUUGAUGUUUUUAGAUUUUCCCUAUUCCCGAAAGAUUCAUUAGAGGUUUUACGUCACAUAUUCAGAACUAUAAUAAACCAGAGAGGAGGUUAUGAGAAGGAGGUCAAAGAAUGCAGGGACCUCCUUGAUGCUCUACUGAAGAUCAGGCAAGAAGCUGCCGAGGAUAACGAAGAGAUUAGUGAGGAUUUAUUACUUGCUCAGGCCGCCAUCUUCCUUCUGGGAGGUUUCGACACUUCAGGGGUAACAUUGACGUGGACUUUGUAUGAACUGGCUUGGAAUCCGCUGUGUCAGGAGCGACUGUAUCAAGAACUUUUGGACGCAAAACAAAAGAACGGUGGCAUGGAUUUGGACGCUAGUUCUCUUGCUGAACUGACAUAUAUUAACUGUGUUAUAAAAGAGGCAUUACGCAAAUUCCCUUCAAUGGGUUGGUUGGACCGCAUUGCAUCACAAGACUACAAAAUCGACGAGAAUCUAACUAUACCCAAGGGAACAGUGGUGUAUGUGAAUGCGGUGGGAAUGCAGCAAGAUCCUAAGUACUUCCCGAACCCUCAGAUAUAUAAUCCUGACCGGUUCCUUCCAGAAAAUGAGAGAAAUAUUACUCCUUAUACGUUUUUACCUUUCGGAGAUGGACCAAGGGGUUGCAUUGGUAAACGCUUCGGCUAUCAGACAGUCCGAUGUGGAUUGGCGGCCAUUAUACUCAAUUAUGAAAUACGGGCCCUACCCAACAUGCCGAAGCCAAACGAGUGUCAUAUUGAAAAGAAUGGACUCUUCCUAGGUCCAGACAAGAAACUUUCUAUAGAAUUUAGACUUAGGAAUUAACGU